AUGUCCUCCCCAAAGAUCAUCCUCUACACCAGCCGCCUCUGCCCCUGGGCCCAUCGCGCACACGUUGCCCUCAAGGAAAUCGGCCUCGACUACGAAGAAGUCACGAUCGACCUGAGUACACCGCGCGAGCCGUGGUAUCUUGAGAUCAACCCGCGCGGCCUCGUCCCCACCAUCUCCUACAACGGAACCAUAAUAGCUGAAUCCGGCAUCGUCGCGCAAUUCCUCGCAGACGCCCACCAAAGCCACCUCCUACCCCCAUCCUCACCAACCGAAAACGCCCUGUACCGCGCUCGUCUCUCCUUCUUCGUCGAUGCCUUCUUCAGCAAAGUGCUACCUUCUUUAUUCGCCAGUAUUCGCGCCGCUGAUGAUGCCGAGCGCGAUGCCGCCGCCGAGCAGCUGGUCGCUGCUGUCGUGAAGGAGGUUGAGCCGCUUCUGGCCGACACGGAGGGCAAAGGCCCGUUCUUUGGUGGUAGUGAGAAAUUGACACUGGCGGAGGUUCAGGCGGGCUCGUUCUUGUUGAGGAUUUUGAGCUUCGCUAAGCCUGAGCAUGGUCUUGUUUCGGCUAAGUUGCCCGCUUUGCUAGAGCAGGUUCCGAGGUUUAAGCGCUGGGCUGAGGCGACGGCUGCGCAUGACAGUGUUAAUUUCAUUUAUGAUGAGAAGCUUGUGGCGGAUAAGAUGAGGGCUAAGUUUGCGCCGGCGCCGAAGGUUUAG